GCGCGACCCCAGCCCGCCUCUUGGUCCUUGGCUUAGCGCUCCGCUGCUCUCCACCGCAUUCCGCUGCCCCGGGUGGGUACCCUGAGACAUGAACGCGCCGCCGGCAACUCUGCCUCCGGGGGUCGAAGACACCACCUGGACCCCUGGGAUCAAUGCCAGCUGGGCUCCGGACGAGGAGGAGGAGGAUGCGGUGGGAUCCGACGGCACAGGGACAGCGGGCAUGGUCACUAUCCAGUGCAUCUAUGCUCUCGUGUGUCUGGUGGGCCUGGUGGGAAACGCCCUGGUCAUCUUCGUGAUCCUACGCUAUGCCAAGAUGAAGACAGCCACCAACAUCUACCUACUCAACCUGGCCGUCGCUGAUGAGCUCUUCAUGCUCAGCGUGCCAUUCGUGGCCUCGGCGGCUGCCCUGCGCCACUGGCCGUUCGGGGCGGUGCUGUGCCGCGCAGUGCUUAGCGUGGAUGGCCUGAACAUGUUCACUAGUGUCUUCUGCCUCACCGUGCUCAGCGUGGACCGCUAUGUGGCUGUCGUGCACCCUCUGCGCGCCGCCACCUACCGGCGGCCCAGCGUGGCCAAGCUAAUCAACCUGGGAGUGUGGCUAGCAUCCUUGCUGGUCACUCUGCCCAUCGCAGUCUUCGCUGACACCAGGCCGGCUCGUGGGGGUGAGGCCGUGGCUUGCAACCUGCACUGGCCUCACCCGGCCUGGUCUGCGGUCUUUGUCAUCUAUACUUUCUUGUUGGGCUUCCUACUCCCGGUUCUGGCCAUCGGAUUAUGUUACCUGCUUAUUGUGGGCAAGAUGCGUGCUGUGGCCCUGCGGGCUGGCUGGCAACAACGGAGGCGCUCAGAGAAGAAGAUCACUAGGCUCGUACUAAUGGUGGUGACCGUCUUUGUGCUAUGCUGGAUGCCGUUCUAUGUGGUGCAGCUUCUGAACCUGUUUGUCACCAGCCUCGAUGCCACUGUCAACCAUGUGUCCCUCAUCCUAAGCUAUGCCAACAGCUGUGCCAACCCCAUUCUCUAUGGCUUCCUCUCUGACAACUUCCGGCGCUCUUUCCAGCGGGUUCUGUGCCUGCGCUGCUGUCUCCUGGAAACAACUGGAGGUGCUGAGGAAGAGCCCCUGGACUACUAUGCCACUGCUCUCAAAAGCAGAGGGGGCGCAGGGUGCAUAUGCCCUCCCCUGCCCUGCCAGCAGGAGCCCAUGCAAGCAGAACCUGGCUGCAAGCAAGUCCCUUUCACCAAGACCACUACUUUCUGAAAACCAUUUUACCCUCCCUCAUCUCUCCUGUAAACAGGUCUGUGCCACUCUCUCAAGUCAGCAACUUCAAGAACAACUGUGUUUUCACUAAGCCAGGCCCUUUCAGCAGCCUGUGUGCUGUCCCCAGGAGCCUCAGGACUCCUGCUAGCCCCUCCCUCUCCUAGGACUGGCUCCAAGGACACCUCCAUGGGGGUAGGACUGAUCUGGGAUUUGGGCUAGAGUACCAUCCAUUCCUGGGCCUCUGGCAAUUUUUCAAGAGGUGGGAAGCAGGUGGUGGUCAGAAAGGGAUGUCUACCCUUGUAUGACUUGUGACAGUGACUGCUUGGAAGAGCCCUGGGAGGCUGAGGUAGGCAGAGCCUGUGCUCUGUGUAGGCUCUUUGCUGUAUGGUAACAGUGUGUAUGGUGAGACAGGGGAGAAGAUACAAUACCUCCAAGUGGUUUCCCUCUGUGUCUGUCUGAGGCUCUCGUUGCUAAGUGAGAUGUCUAUGCAGCAGAGGAGGGCACUGGGUCUGUCACUGUACAAGUGUUUUCCAGUUGUCAAAGGGCCAGGUGCAGACUUCCUGUGAGUGUGAAAGGCUUAAAGAAGCAUGAUGUGGGGCAGUUUUGCAAAGCAUAAAACUUCUGGUCAGGAAUUAAAAGGCAGAAAGGAUUAAAAUCUCACCUGCUCCAAUUUUUUUUCCAUCCCUGUCCCUGAUUGCAGGAAUAUGAAACCCCAUUCUAUGCUAUGAGGGGGAGGGUGUCAGGAAAAGACCAGAGAACUAGGUGGAGGGGAAACAGACUCUGUUUUGACAUCAGAUGAUGACCACAGUGAAAAGCCUUUCCUGUGCCUUGUAAGUUAACCACAGCUUCAGUGAUAUUUCCCCUGAGGAAGAUUCAUAGCCUGUAAGAGCUUUACUUCGGCUAAAGCAGUGGAGGGAGCCCAGUUUAUGCAGCAUCUGGGUGAGAAAUGGCUGAUUACAGCCCGGAUCAGUACAGCAAAAAAACCCUGCUGAGUUCUACUGAGCCAUCGCUGGUGGUACUAGAACAACAAGCCAAGAAGGGCAGGAGGAAGCACAGGGUAGUUAUCUGGGCAGUUCCCACAGCUGCCCGGCAAGGGGGAGUGUUCUUUAAAAGAAAACACCUGGAUCCUAUCAUCUUAGAAAACAUUUCUCUGUGUCUUCUAGGGCAGUCAGCAUGAGUUCUAGCUGUUGGGAGGCUAAUGGGGAUCCAGACUGGACCAAGAAGCAGAGUGGGGCCUGAGGGAAUGCUCCACCACCCUGUGGGUUACAGUGAAUCUCUGAAACCCUGGGAGAAGCAGAAGGUGACCUUUUUCUGGGCUUCUUGCCCAGAGCCAUGACUUGUAUGACAGUAGCAGCUGCCUGGUAUGUGGGAAAUGGACAAGAAGGCUGAAUUCUGGUCCCAGGCACAAACGUCUUAUAACCCAAGCAGGUCACUCAGGGGAGGUCUUCAGAAUUUUUGCCUGGAAAAAUCAACUGAUCCCUGUUGUUUGGCCACUCUUUAGCUGAUCGUGUUUUCUGUUGUUUUAGCUAUUGUUGUUCUGUUGCUGUUGAGACAAGAUCUCGUGUAACACCAGCUAGCCAUCAAUUGGUAGCCGAGGAUGAACUUGAACCUCUCAUCCUCCUACCUCUACCCCCUGAGUGUUGGAAUUAGAUUGUUCAGCACCAUGCCAGGUCAGUGUUAGGAACAGAACUCAGAGCCUCGUGGUGGCUAGGCAGGCACUCUUAUCAACUGAGCUAUAUCCCCAGUCCCACACGGUGACUCUUACCCGCUAAGACCGGAGAUUCCAACUUCCUCACUAACAGUAGAAAAGUGAAAGCUAAGUGUGUGGACAUAUACCUGUGGCAUUCUCGCUUUCUGAAAUAGCCAGCCAGCUAGAUGGCCUGAUAGCGACAACUGGUGUUGAUUGUGGGUGUCUCAAGGGUGGUGCAGGAGUAUGUGGAAGUCAUCAGAGUCUGCUACUAAGUUGAUCUUGACUUACCUAUGAGAGAAUGGCAUAGCCAGGUCUCUUCUGUAUCAAAGGCCAUGGCUAUGGGUUGGAAAUCUCUAAAUAGAGCGCUGACCUCUUUGUUUCCACUAGCAUGAAUACACACAUGCUCACACACAUGCACAGACCAUCCCUACCUGGUCAUUACUUCUCACAGUCACCCUGAGCAUUCAGAAAAAGUCAGUUCAUUUCACAUCUGUAGGUCUUAUGCCUAUAGCAGCAACUCCUUGCAGGUUUUUUGUUUGUUUGUUUGUUUGUUUGUUUAUGAAAUUAUUUCUUUGGCCCUGGUGCCUGGCAGAGUAGAUACCUGAUAAAUAGUCAUGAACUUCACUGCAAGGAUCACAUAGUGGAAACUUUUGGCCUUAGCAAUGGUUGCCGUAGACAACAGUGUUAGGCUUUUUCCCUAGUUUGAAGGGGUCUGGAGUUUAUGUUUUCGACCUUCUAAUGACUCACCCAGGCCCCAAGACAUGUUUGGUUGGUUGGAAAAAGACAAAUUCUGUUUUUUAAAAAAUGCAAGCUUUUAACAGGGAUUAAUUAUGGCUGAAAGUCCAAUUGUUUCAAGCUGGAGAAGUCACCAAUGAUAACAGAAAACAUCAGCUUUAACUAGCCCAAGAUAGGCAAUUUUGGCUUUCCCACCUCAGUUUCCCACUCUUUUUCUUUUCUACAUUAAUUAACUUAUUUAUUCAUUUUGCAUCCUGAUUUGCCCAUUCUUAAUAUAUGUAUAAAUGGAAGGUUUGAGUUCCUAGCUCUUCUGUUGUGACUGGACAUGAAUGCAGAAAAAUUGGACCUUGAAACACUUGUCUGAUAGGUGAAUCUGUGAGCACAGAUGUCAUAAUCCUGAAGCUGUGUUUGCGGAGACAACUCUACUGUGUUAGUCAGCACCGUGGCCCAAAAUUCUGUUCCGUGGGUCCAUGUGCUGGGAUGUGUGUGUAUUCAGUGACGGGAUACUGAGAGUUUCUGUCAGUGAUUCAACCAGCUUCCAGACAACAUGGUGAGUCUAUACAGUGUGGAACUUGGAAAUAAUUGGCAAAGACGGCUAUUAAUUAAAUAACCAUACAAACAAAAGUGUGAUUCAAUUCUAAGCUAAACUAAUCAUACCAUGACUAGAGAUGCAGCUUAAUGGUAGAGUGUUGGCAUGUGCAAGGCCCCUUUAUUUCCGGAAAAACAUGUGCAUGUGCUCACACAUGAGCAGGCAGUCUCUCUCUCUCUCUCUCUCUCUCUCUCUCUCUCUCUCUCUCNCACACACACACACACACACACACACACACACACUAUUCAAAGAAGGAAUUUGGCACCCAUACAAUAGAAUAGGCUAAUGCAAUCGAAUCAGCCCUGCUUUUACAGCAAGUGUUCCUGGGACACUGGGGAGUGUGGAGGCUUCUCUGUGUUAUUAUUCAAAUUGGCUUUUCUUUAGUCAUUUUGUGCAGGCAGUGACAUCUCUUCUUCUAUUUUGAUGAAAGCAUCACUUGCACUUGAUAAAAUUCGCCCUUUGCACGUAUGCAAUUCUGUGAUGCAGUUACAAUUCUGAAGUUGACACUCCAAUCAAGAGAGGCCCUGUUUCUGUCCUCAUUGCUUUCUUUGUGAUCUGUAGCCUACAGAAGUGGGCCACAGGGAAGACAGGAAGCAGAAUUAUGAUGAGGCUUUCCCUAAAUCUUUAGGGGCUGCUUCUUUUCUGCCAGCUCUGGAUUCUUCCCACUGUCAGGGGGAACUCAGCCGAGAGAGACCCAGACAGCUGCUCCCUGCCCUUUAGUCCUAAACUUGGAAGAAGUGUUCUGGACUUCGGGAGCCUCCUGAACAAACUGGGACUUUAAAUAAGUUCCUGGGUUAAGUUGUGAAUUCCCUCUGGACUUGGUAACCUUUUGAACACCGAACAUGAAAUAUCGGAGGAGUGUGGUUUCCUUCCAGGUCAGGAACCCAUGCUUUCUUCCUGGAAGAACAGUAAGGCUAUUCCUCUAGACUCUGCCUAUGCUGCAGUCUGCCACUACGGCUAACUGCUGGCAUGAAGACAAUUGCACUGGGUUUGUGUCACUCUGUUUAAGUUUAUUUAAGUGGCUUCCUGUGCUUUGGAAGUUCAGGAAAGCUUUAUCUCCCUCUAGCCCAUCUGAGCCUGUGCUUUGGAAGUUCAGGAAAGCUUUAUCUCCCUCUAGCCCAUUUGAGCCAACUUCAGUUUCUCCUGGUGUCAGUGCUGGAUUUCUGCACCUUUGAGGGGCAGGAAGGGGAAAUACUGAUGGCAGUUAAACAUCUACAAAGAAUCUUGGAUGUUUGUGGUGAAUACUUUGCAUGUUACCCUUCCAAAGCUCAGGGGAGUAGGCUAGAGAGUGAAGGCAAAAUUAGCAUGUGAAAGAAACUGUCUGACUAAGGGGAAGUAACUCCUUAGCUGAGGUUGUAACAAAUACACUCCAUGUAAUUAAAAUAGAAAAAAGAAAAAAGAAAAGAAAAGAAAGGAAAGGAAAGGAAA